CUUGAAAUGUUGCAGAUGAAACUGUUCAGAUCAGCUCUCUAAAGGCUCGCAGCUCUAAGGUCUCCUGUAUGCCGCUCCUCUGCACCUUUUCUCCUCCAUUUGUCCUCUAAUUUCCCUCAACAUCCUGCUGGAGGCUCCGGGUUUUAUAAUUCGCGCUGUCGAGAGGGAUUAAAACGCGUUUUUUUUUUUUUUUUUUUGGAAAAAAGUGAGCAGCUGGAUUCCUGCAGUUUUUUUUUCUAUUGGUUUUCGCACUUUAAUGAAAUCCGUCCGGCGAUGGUUUGGAUAUUCUCUGCGGGUAAUUUCCCUCAGCGCUCCUCAGACUGAACGUAGACCAAACUUUGUUUCUGUCAGUAUUUCUCCGGAUUAUUCAUCAGUUUUUUAAUGGAUCUCACAGAUGAACCCAGAUCCACUUUCUUCUGAUUUGUUUUGAUUGGAUCUCAUCAGCUGGGUCGGAAAUGUGACCCGCGGACAGAAACAGCACCCAAUAGGCUAUUUAAUCGGAUUUUAGUUAUUUCAGUGUGAAUCACUUUUUAAUCACCUACUUCAUGGUUUCGUUGAAAAACAAUCUGCUUCCAGAGUACCUGAUUAACUCUAAUUCCUAAAAAAAUAAAAGUGCCUUGAAUCCCAACAAUUAUUUACAUAUUCAAUUACCCAAUCCUGUUUUUUUUUUUUUUAUUAAAACAACUCUAAAAUGUUUCUCAUCUCCUUAAGAAUGUCAGGCAUGUAGUGAUAAUCCGAGGGACCCUUUACUGGCUGUUUAAAAGACACAAUAGCUGCAGAGAUUUCUGGAAUAUUUGCAAAAUAAAUGGAUUUAGACCAGGAGGGAUUAGGUACCCUAAAGGAACCACUGCCAAGCCAGUAUAAUGCUCUGAAUACCUUUGAAAAGAUGUAGCAGCUUUGAAAGGGAGGAUUUUAUUCAGAAACUCUGAAGUUUGUUGAAAUCUUUGAGAAUCUGGAGUUCCAAAGACUUUUGGCUGAAAGAGACUCUUGGAAAGCUACCAGAAGUAAUUUGUAUUCCAGAUAUUCCAGGGACGAACAUUUGCACUUUUAAAUUACAUAGAAAAGCCUCCAACACUUUACAAAUAUGUAAGGCUGAGGCAGAGAUAUAGUACAUUGUGAGCACGCUAACACUUUAUUCCCAAAUAUAUCAUAAAGGACCUUGAAUAUCCCAAAGAGGUCAAGGUGCAGUGAAGCCCUUUGAGCUCCUGAUCUGUAGUCCUCCUUGGAUUACCUGAAGGAUCGAUGGGAACCCUGCGGGACCUGCAGUACGCUCUGCAGGAGAAGAUCGAGGAGCUACGGCAACGCGACGCCCUCAUUGAUGAGCUGGAGCUGGAGCUUGACCAGAAAGACGAGCUGAUCCAGAGGCUGCAGAAUGAGCUGGACAAGUACCGCUCAGUGAUACGACCCGCCACAGCCCAACAGGUCCAGGCCCAGCAACAGAAAUUGGUUCUGCAGCCAGAUCAGCAACGCAGCAAGAGGCAGGCCAUCUCUGCAGAACCCACGGCCUUUGAUAUCAGCGAGCUGUGCCACGUCACAUUGCCCUUCUACCCCAAGAGUCCACAGUCAAAGGAGCUAAUAAAGGAAGCCAUCUUGGACAAUGACUUCAUGAAAAACCUGGAAAUCUCUCAGAUCCAGGAGAUAGUGGACUGCAUGUACCCAGUGGAUUAUGGGAAGGAUUCCUGUAUCAUAAAGGAAGGAGAUGUGGGCUCACUGGUAUUUGUCAUGGAAGAGGGUAAAGUGGAGGUGACCAAAGAGGGGAUGAAGCUGUGCACGAUGGGACCAGGAAAAGUUUUCGGAGAGCUUGCCAUCCUCUACAACUGCACCCGGACUGCUACAGUCAGGACUCUAACCCAUGUGAAGCUGUGGGCCAUUGACAGACAGUGCUUUCAGACCAUCAUGAUGAGAACCGGCCUUAUCAAACAUUCUGAAUAUAUGGACUUUCUAAAGAGUGUUCCAACCUUCAAGGGUCUUUCAGAGGAAACUCUCAGUAAAAUGGCAGAUGUCAUGGAGGAGACUCACUAUGAUGAUGGAGAGUACAUCAUCAGACAGGGCGCACGCGGCGACACCUUCUUCAUCAUCAGCAAAGGGAAGGUGAACGUGACUCAGGGGGAUUUAGUUAAUCAGGAGCCAAUUCACCUGAGGGAGCUGGGCAGAGGGGACUGGUUUGGAGAGCGAGCGCUCCAAGGGGAAGACGUGAGAACAGCCAACGUCAUUGCUCUUGAGGCUGUUACCUGCCUGGUUAUCGACAGAGACUCAUUCAAGCAUCUGAUUGGUGGACUGGAUGACGUCUCAAAUAAAGUCUACGAGGAUGCUGAAGUCAAGGCCAAGUAGGUUCCUCAGUCACA